UCGCUUUUGAAACUUUGGAACGAACAGAACGUUAAAGCUAAUCGGCAAUGAACGUAACUUGGGAUAGUAGGGAGAAAAUCUGGAGUGGCCCUCCACGCACUUCCAUGUACAAUGAAGACACAUCUCUGGGUAAAAUUGUAUUCAAUACAAUGAGAAAUUAUCCAAAGAACGUGAUUCAGAUAUCGGAUAAUGAUGGCAUUGUUGUUACCAAUGAAAUGGCCAUCACGUGGGCCGUUCGCAUAGCCCAGCAACUGAAGAAACGUGGCCUGGAUCAUCAGAGUGUUGUUGGCUUUGUGGCUAAGAGUUCCACCUAUGUAAUGCCAGUGGGUGUUGCAUGCCUCCUGAAUACCACACCCUUUCAUGCAGUUAAUCCAAUCUUCGAUGAAGCGACUCUAAAGUACAUGUUUGAGAUAACUAAACCAGCUAUGAUAUUCUGUGAUGGUGAGGUUUAUGAUACUGUCCGUGAAGCUACUAAGGACUGGUCACCCGAAAUUAUUAUCAUAUCCCAUCCAAUUGAUGGGUUGCCCAGCAUUGAGAAUAUGUUGGCUCAAACCAAUGAUUUACCAGUAAUGCUUUAUGAACCGGAACCACUUAAAAAUGGCAGUGAUCAAACAGUAGCUAUCUUAUGCUCCUCGGGAACUACUGGUUUACCCAAAGCAGUCUGCAUUUCAAACAGUGUGCUAAUUCAGGAUACAAUGCUGGUUGAUAGCGAAACGAUCUUCUAUAUAACCAGCGGAUUGGAUUGGAUUAGCGGCUUGUGGGCCUUCAUGUUUUGCAUUCUCUUUGGCAGCACUCGCAUCAUAAGUGAAAACCCGUUUUCUGCUGAGUACUUUGUGCAUUUGGUGAAGAAAUAUAAGAUCACUUAUGCAACCUUGGCACCAAUACAUUUAGCUGCAAUUGGCGCUUGUAAAGAUGCCACACCCUUUGCUCUCUCUUCAAUGCGGAAUCUGAACUAUGGAGGAGGAAUUCUUUCGCAGGCAACAUUGACACGCAUUCAGGAACUAUUUAAAAAUGCUACUUACAAUUCGGCAUAUGCCAUGUCUGAAGCUGGCAUAAUGACAAUGAAUUUUGGCAUUAAGAAUGCAGCAACGGCUGGACGACCAAACCCCGGGGUGCGACUCCGGAUUGUCGAUGAGUCUGGUAACAAUUUAGGCCAUAAUGAAGUGGGUGAGAUCUAUGUACAUACUGGCAAGCCCUGGAAUGGCUACUAUGGCAAUCCAUUUGCAACCCGACAAAUACAGGACUUUAAGGGCUGGAUUCAUACUGGCGACUUGGGAUAUAUUGAUGAUGAUAACAAUCUCUACAUUGUCGAUCGCAUGAAGGAAACUCUCAAAUAUAAGGGCAUACAUUAUUGGCCCACCGAAAUCGAGAAUGCUAUACUGGAGCUGCCACAGGUCAAGGCCGUUUGUGUUGUGGGAGUACCCGAUGAAGUUCUUUGGGAUGCCGCCGGUGCACUGGUACUGAAGAAUCAAGGUUGUGAAAUAAGUGCCAAAGAAAUCAUUGAUCAUGUAGCUAAACGAUUGCCGGUGGUUUCAAAGCAUAUUCAUGCCGGAGUUAGAUUCACAGAUAAGCUCCCCUUUAAUGCCAAUGGCAAGUAUAUGCGAAAGACGGCUCUCGAGAUGUUUAAGGCGCUGAAUUGAUAUUGAUAAAUUAUUUUAAUAAAUUUUAUAAACUGAAAUAACGUUUACAU